AUGAGCCUCACGUGCUUCAUUGACAAGCUUGACUCAAAAAAUGCUGAAGCCAACAACCUGAAGGCUGAGUUAGAAGCGCUCAAGAACUCAGGGCCGGUGUCCAGCCAAGCGUCUGUCUCAAAGCCAACAUACGCCACCAAGGUUGCAAGCGCACCGAAAGCUGCGGUCGCCACUGCGCCUAAGUCGAAAAAGGCCAGUGAAAAGGAGCAGCUUUCAAAGAGUAGAAAGGUAAAAGCUACGACGUGCUUCAUGAUUGAAAUACCAAGUGGUAUGACAGUGGCCAGGCAGGAGUUUGGGAAACGGUGA